CUUAAGUCCACUCAUUAAAGUUAGCUUAAAGUCAGAAGUAGUCUAAAUGCAUAACUCGUUAGACCAGAGUUCGCAGCGUGAAACCGCUAAAAAUGUAACAAAUUAUUCCCUACAAAACCCCGGAGUUCUAACAGCUCCAGUAUUACCACACCAGCUAAAAAUUUAUUCCAAUAUUGACCCAAAUUUUUAUUACCAUCAAACAGAAGAGAUCAUUUCAAAUUCUAGAAAAUUCCUGACAUUACCAAGUCGUCCGUCUAAGCAAAAUUUGGUUCUUUCUGAGAUUAACUCAAAUCGACGACUGUCACCGGACACUUCCGAGUUUCCAGAGUUCCGGACACCCAAGUUUUUAGCCGAGUUGACCCAUAUUUAUUCGGUGCCGAAGAAAGAUGCCAAAAUUACAACACUCUCAUCGGACAAUCUUGACAAGCCAUCGCUUCUUGACCCCACGCUGUCUUUGUCUUCUCCUAUGAUGGCCUGCAGUUUCGUUCCCUCCCAAUGCAGCGAUGGUGGAAAGUGCUCUCAGAUACUAGGGGGAGCCACUGGCCAGGAUCUUGACUGUCCCCCUGCCCCUCUCAGACAGUCACACAAUCAGGGUAGUGGUCAGCAAUCGCAGCAGAAGGGGGGCAGGAGCAGUAAGAUCAAGUGUCCGUUAUGUGGAUUGGAGACAAAUGUCGAUUUCAUGCAGCAACACAUGUCAGAGUGUAGCGAAGAGGGUGUGUGUUGCAGUCUGUGCAAUGAGUUUGUCCACAAGGGAAUACUAUCCCACCACAAAGAGUACAUCUGUGCCAAGAGACAGGUGUUCUGCAAGUCAUGUGGACAUAACUUCCUCGCCGAUCAAAUACAGGCCCACCAAUCAAAAUGCAGCUUGGCUAAUAAAAAUUGGACAAAUCACAGCACACCAUCAUCUGCAACUUUGACUCGCACGGCUAACAGCGACUUGUCUCGGAUUUCCCACGCCUCAGGUAGUUUCUGCGGCGAAGGCGGGGGAUCUGUCACUAGCGGAGGAGGAGGGGGAGGAAACGGAGGGAGUUCAGUCGGCACGGGGGGCUCUCACGGACGGCCGACUGUGCCUGGACGUUCGAUGCCUCGAGCUAAGUCCUCGGAUACCUUCGAGCAUUCGGGGGUCCGAGGAGCCCAAUUGGCUCCUGUGGACAACAACAAUGCACCUGGUGUUUGUUCAUCAUCAUCCAAUCAAUUUAUGUCGUCAUCAGUGAAUCCAGGUCAAAGUCAAGGGGGCAGAGGAGUGCAUAAUGGGAACCCUGUACAGAGUCCGGGACUCCUGCCGACGAUGAUGGAUCCGGGGGUGGGUGGUAAUGGGUACGGGUCUCUGUUCGCCAAACUGGAAAUGCUGGACAAAUCCAUCGAGAAUGCAGAGAAUCCAGACGAGCAUGUAGAUCAUCAGUCAUCAGUCAUCAUCUCCUGCAUCUUCAGAGACGCUGGCUGUCACUUCCAGGGUUCCCACUAUGCACUGUCUCGCCACUUGGAAGAGUCGACUAAACUACACCUGGCCAUGACGUACAGUGUGAUGCAGCACCAGCAGAAGCAGCUCCUCAUGGUCACCUCGGCCCUCGCAGCCGCCAUGAACCCCAACACGGACGGAAACAUCAUUUGGAAGGUGCGCAACUUCGGAGAGCGUCUGAUGGAUGCGAAGUCGGGUGGGAAGAGGGGGGUGGAGUUGCAGAGUGCAGUGUUCUACUCCUCCCGGUUUGGAUACAAGCUGUGCCUCCUCCUCUACCCGGACGGACUGCAGUCUGCCAAGGGAUCCCACCUGUCCAUAUUCAUCAAAGUACUCCGAGGUGAUUUCGACAACUAUUUGCAGUGGCCUUUCCCCCACACUGUCAAAAUAGCAAUUCUGUCUCAAGAUCAGUCGCGACAACACAUCGUGCAGCGGGUCAACCACAAGUUCAAUGCAUUGGCAAACGAGUCAAACAGCGCAGCCUCUUCAGUGUCGUCGUCACAGCGAAACGGGUCUUCGUCUACCGCGUCGUCCACAGCCACGAACGGACAUGCGUCCCGGCAGCACUCGGCGUCGCCGAUUGUCGGAAACUCCUCGGGUCUCAUUGGACUCUCUCGAUUUGUAUCCCAAGAACUCAUUUUGUCCAGUCAGCAAUACUUGAUGGAUGAAACUCUCACCAUUUGCGCAUCUGUUAUGGGCAGUGACAACAAUAAUAAUUUCAAGCAGCCGGAAGUGUUCCCGCGAACCAGUGAAAUUUGAAACAAAAAAAUCAACGCAGCCAAAAAUUCAACAAUUGAUUUUAUAGCGUUACUAUAACAUUGAUUUUUUCCAAAUGAUGACUAUUUUAGA